AUGUCCAACAAACGACCGCGUCUCGAGCUAACCCACCCCUCAGACCGCGACGGCGACUCCACAAUGCAAUCGUCCCCCGCCAAUGUUGCCUCGGACGAUGAAAUGUUCCCUGAUGAAGCUCUUCCAAACCCAGCUACACCGCUCAACGCCAACCUCGCAGGCGUAAACGAAAUCUCACCACCAAACUCACAAUCCACAACUCGCGAGACUCUCGGCGUCAACUCAAACGGAAAGCGACCACUGUCUGGCGGUAUGGCGCAAGCAGCGACGAGUAAUGGUGCGGGUGGGAGUGGAACACAUCAGGAUGCUGAGACAGGUUAUCAGUGGAGUAAGCAGGAGGAUCAGCCGGGCUAUGAGUGGAAGAAUACGAGGGCGAGGGAGGAGGAGGCUAGGGCAUUGGACAACAUUGCUGACAAGGGCUCUAUGAUUAGGCUGCGAUACGGUGACCCACUCGAUGCUAGCAUACCCUCGAAGGCGAAGCGCUGA